UUUCCUCAUAUGCAUUCAUUAUUCAUUAAUCCUCCUUGCCCCUCUUGAUGCAUAGUGCUUUCACUAGCUGUAGCUCUUUACCAGACUCUGUUUUUUGUAAUCAGUCCAGCCCCACCCCAUGUGGUGCUGAAGUUCUCCAGCUCUUUUGUCACUAUGUGUCUCCAGGAUUGUUUUGGUCUUCCCGUUCCCCUCUUUAUGCAUUUUCUCUUGGGCCACACUUGCCAAGAAGCAUUUAUUGAAUAAUGAGAGACUCGGUCAGAGCUCUUGCAUGUACCCUUAAGCAUUUCUUGUGACAUCAGCUAGAAGCCGGGUUCAUAUGGGUCCUGAAAAACCUGGAAAGUCCUGGAAGUACCCAAAGAAAGCUUGAUUGUUCUCUUAGGAACUGGUCAUUCAUUAGAGGAGGGGGUGAGCUGGUGCAUUUUCAUUUUGCAUUGGCACUAAUGCAUAAAGUAAUGUGGUCCCCUUAAGGAGUGUGCACAUGAAAUGACAUGACCCACCUUCAAUCACAGUAACAGUUUAGGGCUGUCAUUCACCAGUAGCCUUGAUCUUCACACCCUGUAACAAACUUGUUGCUUUAUGAGUGGAUUAUAUCAACGGCAGGCAAGUUCACCCGUAGCAUCAAGGGCCAAUCGAGCAUACAUAGUCGUAACAGGUGUUACGGGUUACGGCCCUUAAUGACAGCCCUGCAGUUAAGAUAGCCAAUGGUAGCAAGGCUAUCACCAUUGUACAGCUGGUUCCAGGGUUUCCAGGAGCUGGGUUAAAUGCAAUGAAGCUGCAUGAUAUGGAAAAAGGUGACUUUUAAUGCCAUUUAUACUGAGAAAUGUAUUAAUUCCAUUAAUUUGUCAAACACUUACAGGUUUGUUCACCGCUGAUCAAAAGUUAGCCGGUCAAGAGAGUAUCUACACAAGGCAGAAUCCCACAGGCACACGGCGAGGAUAUGAGUGUCCAGAGGAGAGGGACUAUUAUCCAUACUGGCAUCCAACAGAGUGGAAAGACAUUGCAAUUUUAACCAGUGAUACGUCUAAGUGUGAAUAUUAUAAGAAGCACAGCUUUAAUGUUGAACCAAAAGGAGAGUGUGUUGAGUAUUACCCUGGUGGAAAAGUACGCAAACACUGGUCAAAGUACAACAAUGCCAAAGAUUGCACAGACAACAAUGGGAAAUGGAUGAUAUUUACAAAUUUCCUUGAGAAGAUGCCUCCCCAGUACAAUAAAGAGAAGAGCUGUCAGGAGGCAGGAGAUCGUUUUGUUUGGGGCAUCCCUCAUGGCUCUGAUAAGCCCCAGUGCUUGGUGAAACUUGAUGAACCAUACUGUGGCCAGGCUCCUUGGACACGGGACAAUCACCUUGGUAACACUCCAGAGGGUGUGACUCCAAACUUUACUUGGACAAUUCCUAACUUUCCAUCUGGUCAUGCUCAGCGCUGUGUUUUUAGAAUAAGAUAUAACAUAUCCACUGAUGACUAUGAUGGCUGGAGCACUAAUGCUACUUUUAACAAUAAGUUGAUUCAGCAAAACCCUGCUGUUGACAUUGGUGGUUCGUCACCAUUAAAACUUGCAAUAAAUACAGCUCAAUAUGGAAGGACAUUCCAGGACAGAUCACACAUAAUUCAGCUAAGCCAACGGUUAACAGAUGCUGUACCAUUUGACAAAAACAUUUACAAUUUGAAUGUUCGUGGAAAGAGAGGCAACAUUGUACAGGUUUAUCCAGCUGUUGAAUAUGAUUUUGUUCCCAACAAAUUAAACAUCAAAAAAGAAACUGAUGUGGUUCACAUUCAGUGGACAGGCUCCAACUCUCAUAAUAACAACAACCCAGCUGGUGAUGGACAAGCCGGGGAUGCUGGGGAAGGGAACAGUGGUACAGACAGAAAUAACAUGGUGGAAACAGAAAAUUCUUUGGACAACUAUCCCCUCCCUUGGGAAGUGUCCAAACUUUUCCAGGGUGCCACCGCUGUUUGGACAAGUCUAGAAUUAAAAACUCCCAAACCAGAGGACAUUGCUGUGAGCUUAGCAAGUGCAGGGUACUACACCUGCCUACGGAAAAGCCAGGAAUGUGACGCGAAGUCUGUGGAAACAAAGAAACCACAAAUGGAUUCUCUACUGAACAAUGCACCAGCAUCCUUUGGGGGCAUUAUGCUGCAAUUUAGCAACAAAGGGUGUUUUUAUUACAUGUGCUCGCGAAAUAACAACUUUUCAAACCGAAGUCAGAAAGGAGUGCUAUGCAUCACUUAAAUUAUUGAUUCUGGAUAUUGCUCUUGAUUUAAUUGCGGCAAAACCUGACCGAUCAACUAGUCUAGUGAGAGAAUUUGUGCGAUCUUGAAAAAGUUGUGUGUUAAUGUAGAUUUUUUUCAGAAUAAUAUAAAGAUUCGAUAUAACCAACACUUUGCCAUAUACGAUAUGAGCAAACUAUAAAACCUUCAAACCAAAUUGCAACCUUUUUUUUCGGAAGAUGCAAUCCCAUUGUCAAAUGAAAUGCACAUACAUGUGGGAGUGGACCAUACAAAGUAACUGGGGGGAGGGGAGAACAUUUUCAGCUUCAUUUUUGUUGUAACCUUUGAACAUUACACGACCGUUUUACCCUUACGAACUCUCUAUAAUUUAGCGAGCAGUGCUCGCACUGUUUUUCUUUUUCUACUAUUUGGAAAAUUAUCAGGGGAGAUAUUCCCCCCUACCCUAGUGGUUCUUCCCUUAGAUUAAAUUAAACUGUAAAAUAACGGCAAAAAAUUACAUAAUUUUGUGAUGAAAGUGCUGGUCACUUUUUUCAUUAUGCUUAGAUAACAUUUUUCAAUAUUGCAAAUUUUAUUGCAAUUUUUUUUUUGUUGGAAUCUUUUUUUUUUAUGUACAAACCUAGAAAAUAAAUACAAUUUUUUUGACUCUAAAAAUAACAAGGUCACGUUGUUCACAGAAAUAUAAAUUUUCACAAUGAAUUGAUGAAAUAAAUCACUUUAUCAGGUAAUAUUGUUUGUGUAUGUUCAUUUUGAAAUAAUUAGAGUGUGAGCCAAUCGGAAAGCUAGAAAUGAAAUAAACGAGGGUGACAAUUGACUUACUAGAAACCACAACUUUAACUCGAGCUUUCUUUUUUUAAAACUCGUAUUCAUCCGCAUUAAUAAGUUGUUGCUUUGCGUUUGAAUAGAAGUCGUAUUGAAGGAGAAGAAGAUUGUCAUCCUAAAAACGUAUUUUGUGAAAGAUAACAAUACCGCUUAAAGGUUCAAGAGAUUUAUUGUUCAUUGUAAUGACUGUUGACUGAAAUUCUGAGCUUCAAUGUUGUAAAUAAUUAUAAAAAACACUCAGUUGUCGAAAGAGAAUAAUGAAAAUUAUCAAGGAUACUCCUGGAAAAUUAUCCAGGAUACUCCUGGAUAAUUUUCAUGGGAAAAUUAUCCAGGUGUUUCCUUUUUUAUGGCUCUUUUCGUUCGAGUUUUUCGUUUACAAGUAUUCAGUAUUCAAAUUCCUCUAAGAGUUUCAGUUACGUGUAAUAUUGAACGUUUGUGUUCAUUAUUAUCUUCCGCUUCAACUUUGAAAAUUUAACCUGUUUUAAUGCUGUAAGAAUGCUACCUGGGGAAAUCCGGCCACAGUUUGACUAAAUCGUAAGUUCGCUUUCGACAUGAAGGUAUAUAGAUUCAGGUUGUCGCUGUAUAUUUACUAAGUCGCUCUAUCAACAAGUUCAACACAAUUAACUUGCAGUUUGUACGUAAGACGUGUCUUUAUUUUUAGGCACGAAAAGCGUCAGUUUUGCGGUCCUUUUGGUUGGUGUACGGUUUUCGGCCUUUCUCUCUUUAAUGUCUACUGUAGUUUCGCACAUGAAUUCGCAAGUUUUUCUUUGCAAGAGCGCGUAUUUCUCUGACAGUUCCGAGUCUUCUCUAUGUAUGUUACAAGGUGUGUGAUUAAACAUGGUACUUGGCAAAUACGACGUGCGUCUUGUCAUGCUUAUGUAAGCCCUGAAUUUAAAAGGUGGCGGACCGAAAUGAAUAAUUUGGAUUUUAUUAGGGUACCAGUCCGGCCUGCAAACUCAGAUGUAUUACUUUUUAGCGCGAACGACGCCUUUCUUAGCGCACGUACAACUGGCAUGUCACGACUCGUCUUGUUUUUACACGGCACUUUUUGUGGCCGAGAUAAAGUUUAAUAUAAUGGCUAAAACGAAAGCCAUUAAUACAGUCACCCUCUUAUCUCAAAGAUGAACGUCCUGAAGUUGGUAUCACUAAAAGAAAACUGUUACCGUUAUCAUAGUUAAAAAUUUUGAAUGCCAUCUCAUUUAUUUCGCUGAUGAAGUCAGAUCCCGUGUAGCUAAUGCCCAUCAUUUGUCACAGAUUUAAUUCAUCUUUCCACUCUUGAAUGUGUUGAUUAGUGUCGGAGGAUUUCAAAUAAAUGGGGAAAGAGAGAUUUGAUAACGAUCUAGGUAACAGGCCGAUAGCCGAUAUAGCUAAAAGGUCUUGCUGUGAGGAAAUGAAACGAAAAAAAAUUUAGUUAAUAUCUUAUAUAUUCCUUUCGUUUCAAUCUAAAAAGAUUGAAGUCAAGCUUGUUACCCAGACUAAGGAGUAAAGAAAUAUAAAUAAAACUGAUGCUGCAGGUUUCCCAACAUUGCACUGAGCAGAUUGAAGGCAUGCACGCAAACAGAAUACCGUGAUUUCACUUUUUAUGCAUUUCCCAAACACACGACAACGAGUUCACCCCCAUAAAACACUUUCAAGAGUUAAUGUUUUUUUUCCCUCGCAUUCAAAAAUGUGAGUUAAGAUGACUUCAAACAACUCUGUCGUCUGCAUUUACAACUGAGAAAAAAACUUUAUCACUGACUGACUUUCUUUUCCUACUCCUAGUUAAUCUUGAAUUUGUUUCUCCGUCCUUUCUUCCCCUAACUCUCAGUGUUGGUGAAUUAAACGAGCUU